UCUUCUAAAAGUCGCCGGGCAUGCGACCCGCCAAGUGUCCUGAAGGAUGGUGCAUUCGACAGCUUCUCACUUCUGUUGUCAGCACUCAACGGCGUUCAAUUACCGUGCGGGCUGCACGUGCAGCAGCCAGGGCACAGGCACAGCGGGAAACUGAGGCUCAACAGCGGGCGAGUAGGCGAGAUCCGUACCGUCCUGUUGCUGCUCGUCCACUAGGACCAGUACCCAUGGACGUGCAGCGGGCGUACGGGGUGUUUCGGCGUGGAUUAAUUGAAGGAAAUCUCGAGGUUGUGCUUCCCAACUAUCGUAUCGUCGCGGCCCGAAAGUAUCUGCACGCUAUCUCUCUAGAGGAGUUUUGUUUAGUGUUGCGAGCGCUUGCAGAGCCCCUAAAUGACCGUCGCUACGUACCUGGAAAGGAAGAAGUUGAUCAAUGGAAGAGCGUCUUCAAUGAUUUGAUUGCAAACUGUUUUAACCACGAAAGAGGUCACGUUCCCGAGGAUAUUUACGCUAUUUUCAUCGAUGCAUACAGUCGUCGGGGCGACAUAGAGAGCCUUUCAAAGAUCUGGGAUCACAUGCAUCGUGAUGGUGUGCAGCCCUCUUUGAACAGUUACAAUCUAAUUCUAAAAUGUUGCGCAAAAGAAGGCUUGUAUGAAAAAGCCGAGGAAGUCUACCACUCACUGCUGCUGAGACCCGAUAUCGAGCCGGAUGCCACCACCUAUUCUGCUCUCAUUAAUGUGCGAGCAAGCGUGUCGGAUAUUCCUGGCGCUCAUGGCAUCUUGGAAAAGUUGCUGGAGACUGGAGGCAAGCCUCCCAUAAAAGUUUUGAACGCAUUGUUGACGGCUCAUAAGAAACAGGGCGAUUUGGAGGGCACGGAGGAGUUAUUUGCAUUGAUCAAGAAGAACGGUCUAGUACCCAAUAUUGCAACCUAUAACACAAUGCUGGAUGCUUACAGCAAAGCGAACGCCCUUGAAAAAGCGGUAGCCAUCGUGAACGAGAUGCAAAGUGUUGCUGACAGCUCCUCACGGCCUUACUGUGCGCCAGAUUUUAUUACUUAUAACAUUCUUAUCAACAUGUUCGGAAAGGCCGAUAAACCUGAGGACGCAUUGAAGUUAUUUCACGACAUGCUUGAACGCGGAAUCCCUCCAGAUGUGGUUACUUUCACUUCGAUAAUGGAUGCUUACGGGCGUCAAGGGGAUCUGGAGAGCACCAGGACCUACUUCAAUAUGAUGCAUCAGUAUGGGCUGAUUCCUAGCGCUGCAUCUUACGCCGUCCUCAUCAACGCCAUGGGCUAUCAGGGCGAUCUAAAAGCAGCAGAGACUGUUUAUACCGAAAUGGUUCAAAGAGGUAUAUCACCUACCCGGCCUGUGUAUCGAUCAUUAGUUAGGGUGCAUGAAAUUGCCAAUGAUCCUCAAGGGGCAGCAAGAUGGUACAUGGAGAUGACAGACAAGCACAUUUCGCCUGACGUGACGACAUUAAUAUCGAUUAUGCGAGUCCAUGUGCGGAACGCGCAGUCAGGGCAGAAUCUUUUGGACGUCAUCCGAACUUACUACAAGGAUGCGGAGCGGUUUGGGCGAUUGAAAGUUGGUAUUUGCAACGAACUGCUGCGCGCACAUUUGAAAUGUGGGGUUAGUGUGGCUGAAGCAGUUAGUACUGUGUACGAGACGGAGUUUCGGAUGCGAAGGAUACCUCCCAAUUCGUUUACCCUCGAGAUUCUGGUUCAGCAUGGAGCAUCAGCGAGAGAAGACGGUGGGAGCGGCACAGAAAGUGAUUUUCCUGAAGCGGCAGAGAUGGAGCAAAAGUGGCGAAAUAUGGUUGAGAACCACCCACACACAAGCACUGGGUCUAGCACGAACCAAAGCAAACUGAGUUCCAAAAGUAUUACGUCGGCGGACAGAGAUGCCGAACAACAAGCUCGGACAGAUCAGCCAACCCCGAGUCAGCCAGCAACGCGGGAGCACAUCAUUCAAGCAUUUGUGAGAAUGGCCGAUCGCGCCCGGAGGGGUGAUUCGAUAACGCAGCAGGAAAGAAUAACCAUAACCUAUGAACAGUUGAUGGAAGCACGCGCUUUGCUGGAGGUGUUUGGCGACCUAUUGAAGGCUGGAACAGUCCCAGGUGAGUUUGCGUUGAACACGAUGGCCAAGCGUGUGGAGCAGUUACUGGGGAAGAUGAACUGGGUAGAAGAGUCUGGGGCAUUGAUGACGGCCGCGAGCAACACACGGAUUCCGGCGCCUACGGAUGGAACAUCUUUGCUGGAUACACCCCCGAUUAAGUACUAGCUAGAUGGGCAACAAUGGAUCCCCCACAUCGGCGUAGAACUUGUAUAGAUAUUUAUUCCUGUAUGUAGCUACCAUUGCAAGCUUUUGGUCAUUCAGUUUAACCUAUUUUCAUUAUAUUGAAAGAUUUACUUUAUCUAUCAUCACACUUAUACAUACUUACAACAGAACAAAUUACAUUAUGUUAACCACAUGUUGCGUUUCACUCAUAGGUCUAAAAUAC